AUGAAAGAAUACAAGAAGGAAAUGUACAAAUGUACGGAGUGUGCAGAAGGUUUCGGUACAAGCCGCUCUCUUACAUUGCAUAAAAAGACUCACAAAGCAGAGGAUCCACACAAAUGUCUGGAUUGUGGAAGGACCUUCAGGCAGAAAAAUCAUCUCAAUUCACACAAGAAGGUCCACGAAGAGACAAAGCAGCAUCAAUGGAUUAAUAGGGGAAAGUCCUUCGAAAGCAGAGCCUUCCUUACUUCCCACCAAAGCAUCCACAAAGAGGAGAAGUUGCACAAACGCAGGGAGGGUAGAAUGAUGUUUACUUGGAGCAAUGAACCAAAUUCCCAGAAAAAAAGCCCCACUGGGAAUAAGUCAUGUAAAUGCCUGGAAUGUGGGAAGAGCUUCCGCUCUGCAAGUCACCUCACUUACCAUAAUAGGAUCCAUACAGGGGGAAAGCCAUAUCAUUGCACAGUGUGCGGAAAGAGCUUUGCACAAAAAGGCAACUUCAAUUUACAUAAGAGGAUCCAUACCGGAGAGAAGCUGUAUAAAUGCACAGAAUGUGGAAAAUGCUUCAGGACCUCCAGUGCCCUUACUCACCAUAAGAGGAUUCAUACAGGGGAGAAACCAUACAAAUGCCUGGAGUGUGGAAAGAGCUUCAGUAAAUCCAGCCACUUAACUUCCCAUAGAAAUAUCCACAGUGGAGAGAAACCAUAUCAAUGCACCAAGUGUGGGAAGCGCUUCAGUCAAACAAGUCACCUUAAUAUCCAUAAAAGUCCCCACAUGGGUGAAAAGCCUUAUAAGUGCACCGAAUGUGACAAAUGCUUCACCAGUUUGAGGUCCCUCACUUCCCACAAAAGGCUCCACACUGGGGAGAAACCAUAUGAAUGCCGCAUGUGUGGAAAGAGCUUCAAUGCAAAAAAAAGCUGUAUCCUACACAGCAGAACCCAUACUGGGGAGAAACCAUAUCAGUGCCAGCAGUGUGGAAAAUGCUUCAGUGAUUCUGGAGAACUGACGAUCCAUAAAAGGAUUCACACAGGGGAGAAACCCUUUAAGUGCACAGAAUGCAGCAUGAGUUUCAGAAGAAGUGGUUACCUUUGUAGCCACAAGAGGAUCCACACUGGAGAGAAACCAUAUACAUGUCACGAGUGCGGAAAAAGCUUUAGACACAAUAAUUCACUCAGGAGCCAUAGAAGGCUUCACUCAGGGAAGAAAUCCUAUAAAUGCCUGGAGUGUGGAAAAUGUUUUAGUGAGAGUGCCCAGCUUACCUCCCACAAUAGGAUCCACACUGGAGAGAAGCUGUUUAAAUACAUCGACUGUGGAAAGAGUUUCAAAGACGGGAGAAAUCUUAUGCUGCAUAAAAGAAUCCACACAGGGGAGAAGCCAUAUCAGGGUGUAGAGUGUAGAAAGAAACUCAGAACCGGGAGUGUCUUUAAUUACCAUAAGAAGACCCACAGCAUGAAAAGAUGAUGUAAGGCGUAAAAAUCAAGCUAGGGUGGGGCAGGGGGAUGUGCCUCACACGCCCCGCACCCGUUCACCUGAAAAAAAGCACCUUUGGAAUAAGACAUUCAGACAACCUUAGGGUGCAGAAAGCUGGCUUAGACAUUGUAUAGGGAAGAUGGUGAAAUAUUUCAGGAGGAAACAUUGCAACCUAAGUGGUGAGGUGCAGAACUGGUGUUGACAACCAUCCAUAUUUCCCUAAUGUUGGAAGGAAUCAACAGUGGAUCUACAACUACACCCAUGUGGAGAAAGUCACGCCAGAACAAAGAGAAAUGGGAUCUUCGGUGAGCACUUCGCUGGGACAAAGUGACGGAAGAGAAUGA